AUGAAACGCCAAAUCAUCCCUGAGGCGUUUGUAAAUCAAAGAGAAACCAUCGACAAAACUUUAAUCGAGGCCCAGAACCAGCCUUCUUCCUACUACACCAGGCGUAACAACCGCAGAGGCCCUCAAACCGGCGGUUCAACAAAUGGUGGUGCUUCCUUCCAUGCUGGUUCUUUAAGUCACAGCAGUUCUGCUAACUCCACUAAUAGCCAGCAGCUCAGAUAUGGCUGGAACCAGCCUCAGGCUCAAGCCCAGGCGGCUGUUCCUCUUGCUCCUUCUUCCUCAAACAUGGGCAUGAUGGGCGUGGACGUGUACGGCUUCAGGAACAACGGCAACAAGUUUGGCGGCACUGGCGGUGCCGGUAUGGUCCAUGUACCACAGAUUUUCGACGACCAGCCUGUCACGAAACCUCUGGUGUCGCUGGUGUCUCUGCAAGGUCUGGUGAGAAACACAUCAGAUGGUAGUCCUGUUGACCCUGCGCUUGGCUCUGCUACUAAUGUCAGCCCUAGCCUUUUACCUGGCCAGGGUACUGGUAUGUCUGGUGGAGCUGCUGGAGUCAGAAAUGGGACCGCCAACGGGCUUGUUGGCGGUAUGUCCACAUUUGAUCCUUUCAGCGAAAAGGACCACUUAUGGCUGUUUAAUUCAUCAAACAAUUUUUUGGGCGGCAACUUCGCUCCGCCCUCCACUAAUAUUUGGGGUGACAACAAUAAGACUGACGCUGCUGUUUGGGGAUAA